CUCACAGUUCCACGGGUUCCACGGCUUCGCGACGGCGCGUUCCGCGGAGUUCUGGCCCCAAUGGCGAUUGAGGAGUUGGAACAGCUGGAGGAAGGAGGUCCCACGCAGUACACCGUGGCACAGGGCGUAUGCUUCCUGAAACCCGAUGAGGACCCAACGUCGACGAAGAUUUUGAAAGCCAAACGACCUGUGGGUUCAAAGAUUUACAGCACAGGAACCACAUGGAAGGGCCCUCAAGGCGGUCUUUGGGCAGAGGUGGACAUUUCCAAGUCUCCAGGUGAAAUGGGUUGGGCCUUGGUGGAGGGUCCAGGUUUUGGACUGCGUGGGCCAUGCCUGAUCGACCCGGACGCCAACGAUGGACUGUCCCAGAUGAUCCACAUUCGGUGGCUAAAGGACCCACCGAUCUUCAACUGUUUGAUGCCUAAGACCGCUACCAUUGGCGACUUGGUGGACACCUUCUGCUCUCGAACAGGGCUGAAUCGCAAGGAGACGAUCUUGACCAAGGGCUUACCUGAGAAGGCGCCCAACGGCACUGGACAGCUGCUGCCGGUGGACUACACUGCUCCCAAGGACAUCCUCCUCCGAGAGAUGAGCAUUGAGGAAGCACAGAUCCGGGACACCUUGAAUUUAGUCUAUGUGGGCCAUUUCGACGAGGAUUACAAUCCCAGUUGAGUGGCCUUGGCUGCGCGGUGAACGAUCGGAGUGUCAUGUGCCGUACGUGCCACGGCGCGUGGCUGUAACCAACCGCGACAAGAAGAUGUUCCGUUGAAAAG